AUGAGCAGCUCGUAUAAGCGAGAGGAGGCCCUGAAAAAGGUCGGCCCCCUCAUCGAGCACACUCUGGAGCACGGCUACGUGAUUAUCCCCAACGCAUUCAGCCAGGCGGAAAUCGACGAGGCCAAGCAAGAACUUCACCGUCUCGGGCAGGAGCCCACGCCUGGGCCGGCGAGUGCUGGCGGCCGCAACUCCUUUGAGGGCUACCGAACGAACCGCAUCUACGCGCUUCUCAACAAGUCGCGCGUGUUUGACAAGUUUCCGCUUCAACCGGACGUGCUCGCGCUCAACGACUACUUUCUCGACGACGGGUUCCUGAUGACGGCCUUUCACAGCAUCAACAUCCAGCCCAACGAGGAGGCGCAGGCGCUGCACCACGACGACGCCUACAUCAGGAUCCCGCGCCCGCACCCUCCCUACGGAACGGCCGUCAUGGUCGCUCUCGACGAGUACACCGCCACCAACGGCGCGACCGUCAUCAUCCCCGGCUCGCACGCGUGGGACAGCACGGGCCUGCCGACGCGGAGCGCCGCCGUGCCCGUCGUCAUGCCCGCGGGCAGCAUCGUCUACUUCCUUGGCACGCUGUGGCACGGCGGCGGGGCGAACCGCAGCGGGAGCCCGCGGCUGGCGCUGACGGUGCAGUACUGCAUGUCGUGGAUGCGGCAGAUGGAGAAUCAGCAGCUGGCGGUGGACUGGGAGAGGCUUGAGGAGAUUCCGCCGCGGCUGGUGGACAUGAUGGGGUAUAAAGUCGGGAGCCCGUUUCUGGGGUAUUGUGACGGGAGGAGCCCGCGGACGAGGGUGGCGCAGAUACUGGAGGAGAGGGAGGGACGCCAGCGAUCCAAGAUUUGA